AUGGCGGCAACAUCCGGGGCUUCUGGGGCGGCGAUCGUGGCGACGGCGGGCGCGGGAUCCGGCGCGGCCCCGGCUCUCUACGCCUGCACCAAGUGCAACCAGCGCUACCCUUUCGAGGAGCUCUCCCAGGGACAGCAGCUCUGCAAGGAAUGUCGGAUUGCGCACCCCAUUGUAAAAUGUACUUACUGCCGAUCAGAGUUUCAGCAAGAGAGCAAAACUAAUACAAUAUGCAAGAAGUGCGCCCAAAAUGUGAAACAAUUUGGAACGCCAAAACCGUGUCAGUACUGCAACAUCAUUGCUGCUUUUAUUGGUACAAAAUGUCAGCGCUGUACAAACUCUGAAAAAAAAUAUGGACCACCUCAGACCUGUGAACAGUGUAAGCAGCAAUGUGCUUUUGACCGCAAAGAAGAAGGAAGAAGAAAGGUUGAUGGGAAGCUGUUGUGUUGGCUUUGUACUCUGUCCUACAAGAGAGUACUGCAGAAGACCAAGGAACAGAGGAAGAGCUUAGGGUCUUCACAUUCUAAUUCUUCUACAUCUAUUACUGAAAAAGACCAGCAUCAUUUGAAACACCACCAUCACCACCGUCACUCCCACCACCAUCACCACCAUCAUCACAGCAGCGGCCAUCACAAAAUCAGCAGUCUGAGCCCAGAAGAAGAUCCGGGGUUAUGGAAGCAGAGCCAUAAAUCCUCUUCAGCUAUUCAGAAUGAAACUCCAAAGAAAAAGCCCAAAAUGGAAUCCAAGCCAUCCAAUGGAGAUAGUAGCUCUAUAAAUCAGUCAGCAGACAGCGGAGGUACCGACAACUUUGUCCUAAUAAGUCAGUUGAAAGAAGAAGUGAUGUCACUGAAACGUCUCUUGCAACAAAGAGAUCAGACUAUACUGGAGAAGGAUAAAAAGCUGACUGAGCUGAAGGCGGACUUUCAAUACCAAGAGUCGAAUUUAAGAACCAAGAUGAACAGUAUGGAAAGAGCUCAUAAGGACACUGUAGAACAAUUACAGGCAAAGAACAGAGAGCUUCUCAAGCAGGUGGCAGCAUUGUCAAAGGGCAAGAAGUUUGACAAAAGCGGGAAUAUGCUGACGUCACCAUAA